CGCUCCCGCGAGAGUGUUGCUCGAGACACACGCGUGUUAAGAAACAGCAUAAAUGCUAGACUGACCUUCGGCUUAAAGGUUGGAGUUGGUGAGAGGGAGAAAGGGGGUGGGAAAAGUGCCUCGUAGGAAUUAUUAUUUUUUUAUGAGUAUAGAACUCAUACUACCCGUUAUCGUUAUCACGUUGAUAUGAUAACACAGCUGUCCGAGGCCCCGAGUCGAGCCUUGUCCGCGCGCAGUUGGUAGUGAGUGCGCGUAGCUGAUUGAUUGGAUUUCUACGUUCGGGAGAGCUCAGCCUUAAUGUGUGCAUUGUUGCAUUGUUGUGCUUAGUACUGAUUGCGUUUCUAAGCACCUAAAAGUAUGGCUCGAAGAACGCUCAAACACUUUCAGGUGGGAUGGUGGUUGGUUCGGUUGUGGCUAAUGAGCGGUCUAAUGAUGCCGGUAAUUGUGUACGCGUCCGAUGAGCCGCUGCAAACGGCAAAAGUGUGUCAGUAUAUGCAGUGCACUGUUAGUGAGAACGAUGGCGCGCAAGUGCGGCUACGGUUUAAUCACACCAUGUGGAAACAAUACAGCGGUUCGUUAAAUCGAGAGUUCGACUUUACCAGCUGGAGUUGGUCCGAGCUUGAUAGUGUGGCGGAAGCGAACCCCACGCUGGAGGUCACUUUCAAUGGCCUGGAAGUGCCGCACGUCGAUAUUCUGCAGGGACAUGACGGCGUGGUCAGCUUGAAUCUGGACGAAAAUCAAAUAACCGUGGUGGAGGCAGAAGCGUUUGUCAAUUUCAAAAUGUUGACCGUGCUGUCAUUACGCAGAAACAUGAUAACAGCGGUGAAUGAGUUAUUUUAUCUGCCCAACAAACUCCAACGGCUGGAUUUAUCGAACAACUGGAUCAGCGAAAUCAAUGGCUUCAAAUCAUUCACCUGGGGUGAGCUAAGGCAUCUCAACCUCUCGCACAAUCGCAUCGAGGCGCUGCGCACCGAGCUGUCCAAGCUGGAUGCACUGGACACACUGGACUUGUCUCACAACUCCAUCAAGAAAGUUGACAGCAAACCUAUCAUACUGUCCCGAUCGCUGCGCAGGUUACUUUUCGAUCACAACAAAUUCACCGCAUGGCCGUUCGAUUCGCUACCGGAUACGUUGGUUGAGCUUUCCCUAAGCUUUAACGAGCUCGAAACGACGAAAGAGGGCCACUAUGUACGACAUCUGGAUCUAUCGAGCAAUCGAUUGGCGAGCUUUUGUGGACACUGUUAUCCAGCGCUCGAGGAGUUAGACUUGUCGGGCAACUAUUUCGACACCAUACCUAAGCUGAGCAAUGCAACAGGCAACAGCAUCCGGAAGGUUUCUUUCAACCGAAUGCCACACUUACAGUCCGUGGAGAAGACUGCUUUCGAAGGAGCGGCAAAUCUGCAGGAGAUUGAGAUUUCCUUUUGUCCUCGACUUUCCUACAUUGAGCCACACGCGUUCACUGAUCUUAAGCAAUUGAAAAGGCUUGAUCUCAGUUACAACGCACUACAGCAGGUGCCGGAAGAUAUGGUCCACUGGAAGCAGAUCACCCAAGGUGUCGAUCUGCAGGGUAAUCCGUUCAACUGCAACUGCUCGAUGCAGUGGUUCGUGAGCAAAGUCAUCCCGGCGAUGCAUUCCAAUCGCGAGCUACACAAACUGUUCCCCAAGCUGCGCUGCGCUGAACCGCCCAUGUACAAAGACUAUCUCUUGGUUUAUCUAACCGUGCACGACAAUUUACUUUGCCGCAAGUAUCGUGAAAUGGAUCUGCCCGGCAUGGAGCAGGUGGUACAGUUGAUGCGAGAUCAUCGACAGAUGCAGAUGGUGAGGGCACAGAAAAUUAUACUGGCCUGCCUGAUUGUCGGUAUCAUUGCGAUGAGUCUCUACUUGGCGUACCUUAAGCUCAAUCGGCCUCGGUACCGGGUAAGACCGAUCUACUACCAGUGAGUGUUCAAAGAUUAUAGCGUUUAACUGCAAGGGCGCAAGCAUGACAAAUCUUAACUUUCGUUAGCUUUAAGUCGUAAACAAAACUAAUACACGAAGCACACGUGAUAUAAGAAGAGCCCCUUUUUUCGUUUGUAAUAUGUUUCGUCUUUUAUUUGACAUUCAACAUUCGGGUUUUCCAAUAUAUAGUCUGUCUGUUGCUACCAUCUCUACACUCUGCGAACCUUGCGCGCAGGAAGUACACUCACACGCACACACUUACACAACGUUCUCCGGUACUGCUGCUCGGAACUAAUCUUUGUCCUUUUCUAUGCUCACAUCUGACCACUGCUAAAACGUUAAGAAGCAUUCUUGAUUCCCUUUUUCUUCCAACUCGUAUUCGAUUAUAGAUUAAUGAUACCUCCCGCAGGGAGCCGCUAAUGAUACGCGCUUUUGCAAAACAAAGAAAGAAGCAGCACAACGCGCACAACAAAGUUAUAAAGUUAUUCCAAAUCCUCUGUCUUUUCUUGUGUUAAGUUUUUCGGCUUUUUUCCGGCAACAGCAUAAAAUUUGGAGGGUGGGGAAGGUAUUGUUUAAAUAUAUUUGUUAAUUUUAGCCUUACUGAGAGCUUUGCUAUAUGCUUCUAACGUAUCUAUCAUUCGAUAAUGGUCGUUUUAGCAAUGGGGUUUGGAUAUAUUUCUUUCUGCAUUUCAUGUUGCCAAACGUUGCGAUAAUUUCAAUGCUUUUUGCUUUUCAUUUUUUUGUGUAAUCGGUUUUAAUAUAUAGUUACGCCACGUGAUCGGUACCACACUCCUCUUCAAACGCCUGGAUUGAUUCUAUUCGAUUGAUCGGUUAGAUGCUGUCGUGUUCAAUGAUAUAUUUAUAUAGUGUUGUAUGAUUGUAUUUCCAAGGAAGAAACUUGCUCGCAUUGUGAGCCAUCGAUGUUGGUAGGUUUAAACCACGGUCGAAACGAGUAUGAAGUACCCACGGCAAUUAAUUGGCGUACAGCAUGGGGAUUAAAUGUUUGUAGCUUCAUCGGUCGUCUCGAAUGCGACUUUCGCUACUCAUUUCUUGUUCUAUAGCCAGAGUAUAGUGUAUUGUUUUGUUUAUAACGGUUUCCUAACUAAAAAAAGAGUUCUAUCAUUUCCUCUGUUUGCUCUGAUAUUGCCUUUGUAAAUGUAAAAGUCCUGUAUAAGAAACUGUGACGCAUUCUCUUAUUUCUACCCCGGGUCGUUGGUCGUUAACACGUGGGCGGGUGUGCGCUACGGUGUUGUCGAUAAAACGCAUCAAUUGCUUUCGUCGUUUGGUAUUUGAUACAGCUUGAUACAGCGUGAUGCAUGUGUCUGUGUGUUUAAAGAGAGCGCGCGACCCAACGGUGUGUUCCAAAUGGUGUUCCAAAACACUUAACCAAAACCCUAUAUUACUGUUCCCCUCGAGUAAACCUAUCUUUGAGCAGUGUGUGUGUUGUUGUGAUGCAAUUGUAGUAAAUUGCGAACGUUGUGAUGGAAAAUUUGCGAGAAACCUCUCCAUUUCUGUGUUGUUUUUUUACAACAUUUUGACUAAAUAUCUUAACACGUAUCAUCACCUGCGUGCCUCAUGGCCAGGUGAGCGUUUUGUUGCUGUUGUUGUUGAAUAUUUGGUUUAUCUAUCAACAGUACACGAUCGAGCUGUUACUAAUGUGUAUUUUUUUCUUCUAGUACGGUAGAGAGUACGUAAAUGGCGCUAAAAUAUCGCAUUAAGCAGUAAUAUAAUCCUCACUCGCUACAGAACAUUGCAUAUGUUUCUCUUUUAGGUUAAAACAAAUUUAAAACUGCAAUCCUGACUCAUGCUCCAUCCUUUCACUCUCUCUCUCCACUCUUUCUCUCUAUCUCUCUAUCUGUCACUAUUUAUAUGUCUAUGACUUUAUCAUAACCAGGGCAGGAUGGUUAAGAUGAUACUCCAUCCCGCAUUCCCCCGCAGUAGUUCCUGCCACACAUUUGGUGUAUGCUAUUAAUUGUUUGUUUGUUUGUUUGUUAAUCUACACUACGGUCUCUGUUCUGGCAACGAAUACAUUUUUUAAAAUGCUUCACACUAUAAUUAACGCAUUGAUGCGGCGUAAACUAUUUCCCUCCCCCAAACGCGUUCCGCUUUCUUUUUCUAUACUCAUCUUUAUUCCCACUUUACACACAGCAUAGCCAGCAAUACAGUUUAAAUGUUUCCUUCCCUUCUACCUGACUUGUUUUUUCGUUCAAUCUUCUCGUUUGUCUAGUUUGUUGCAUUCGUUUUGUGCAUAGGUUUAAGAAUUAAAUUAGAUUUACAUUCUGUGCCAUGUGUCUUUUUGUUCCUCUACAAUGUUUCUCCCUCUAUGCGCUGUUUCGCAUGCUUCUCACACAACAAAUGUGCCAUCGAUUUAUCGAACUCUUGCUACACUUUGAAAUCGUUAUACGAUUAUGUUUUCCUUUUUACUAAACCGCUUCUACCGCUAAUAACCACACGGUAAAUCUAUAAAAUUAUUCAAUACAACUCGGGGCAAAGGAUUACACAGAAACUACACAUUUAAAUAUCAAACAAAAAAACACCGUUUGCUCUAUUCACUGAAACCUCCAGGCGCUACAUGAUAACAUGUAGCACGGGAAUUGAUUGCAAUGUUUGCUUUCAUGACACUAUAUAUAAUACAAAAACGAGUGGAACAUAAACGGACAACAUAAAACAACAACUGGUUGCGGGAUUCGUUAUUGCAAACACACUUAUCAAGGCAAAACGAAGAAGAAGCAAGAAAACAAAACAAUAUUGGCUCUAGAGUUUGCUGUAUGAUAACUGAUUAUACGUUUAAUAUGGCCUAAGCUUUUAUGACGCUUCCGGGAUUCAUUAAUCCUUCGCUUAUGUCCUUUUUGUUGUCUACCUCAUGGAAUGAAGACUUUCCUUUUUGCUGCUAAAAAGCGUAUAUUAAUGAUAGUUUCUUUGCCUGAAAUGUUUAUUGCGGGCAUUUGUUUUUGAUGUUGCUUUGCGAAAACUAAACCCCCGGCGUUGAGCUUACGAUCUAGAACUGCCAGAUGAUGCAACGCUCUCUCCUAACGCAUUCGCCGCUGCUGAUCUCAAUCGAACGUCGUCCAGUUGUUGAACGAAGCUUUGGUCGGUCCGUUGUUCACGAUCUUGCUACCACCAUUGCAGCCCAUCUGUCGCCCGUUGGGAAGAACCUGCGCAUUAACGGAAGCAUUGGUCGUACUCGGUUGGUUCUCUCCCUUGCCAGUGCUACCGUUCACGUGCAGCAGUGCGGGCGCUUGCUUUUUUGUGCUACCCCCGUCCAACAGUGAAAACUUGUCUAGACCAUAGUUUCGCAGCAGUUCGAAAUCGUCCGAAACAUUGCUUUCCCGGGCACCGGCACCAGCACCAGUGGAUGACGCUGUGUUGCUAGAGGGCCGCUGUGAUUGUCCAUCGCCUGCCGCCAUCGUCCCUAGUAGUGUCCGAUGGAAUUGGUGUUGUUGUUGUGAUGGUGGUGGAUGGUGGGCGGAGUGCGGUGUAGUGGCGACGUUUUGUUGGUAAAGCGGUGUAAAGUAAGGAUAGAUGGGAUUAUUAACGCUCAGGCCGGUAGGCAUCGUUACGCCGGACGCCGCGACGACAUUUGCCAAGCCGGACGCAUAGCUGGAGGGUGGUGUUAGUGCUGCUGAGCUGGAGGGUAGAGCAUGCGCGUUGCCGGCAGCGGCAGCGGCACCACCGAUCGGUCUGGCCCGUUCAUUGAGCGGAUCGAAGUCCUCCAGCUCGAAACUCGAGUUGGUGGUGUCGAGCGUGAUUAGAUCAAGGGAUUCAUCGUUCACCGCCGGCGGGGUUGUGCUGCUGCCCGUCCCGGACGUGGACGCGGGAAAGUCCGGCAUGUCACCGUUUUGAGACUGCGAAAUAUAGGGCGAUAGGAGCGUGAGAACACGGAGCGGUGUAGCAGUACGCGGGUGUGUGAAGGGGGGAGAGGUGAAUGUGGAUGUUUUGGGGGUGCACAGGGUAACAACCGGUUUCCCUAAUGGAUGGAUAAUUUAAUGGGGGGAGGAAAUCGACCAAUCGACCGAAAUCACUGAAGCGAUUGAUUCGGCAGAUUUUGCUCAAUAAAACGUUCUACUAAAACCAAAAGCACGGACACCACGGAGCAAACUUGGCUUAUACUAAGAUUACAACGAAAAGUACAAACAGUACGAGUCAUCGAAGAAGUUAAAUAUACGUUACACGACUCAAGAUACUUAGCAACUGACGCACAAAUCUAAAUCCACAUUACUCAAGUAAAAAGCAUUUAAACGUAAAACUCGUGCCAUAAAAGUCGAAGCAAUCAAAUCAAAGCGCAUCGGCGCAGUUAAAAAUUAUAAAUAAAAAAAACAAACAAAAACACAAAGCUCGCUUGAGAAAAUGAGAUAAAAACCAUUACACUAACUACUAGCAAUAAAAGUCUACCAGGCAGUAAAACAUAUUCGUUUAGUAAGAGUCAAACAGUAAAUUAAAUCCAAAAAUGAAAACUGAAAGUAAGACUACCGUUUAAGAUUAUAAAAAUAUAAUAAAAUAGAAAGACGAUAACGAACCAACUAUAAACGGUAACCCUAUUUAGUCCAGACACUAUUUCUAUUCACCGACUAGACUAAAUGAAAGACUCAGAAAAAGCGUUUGUAUACGUUUUUGAUGACAGUAUGACCAAACACCGAAGCAGUGAGAAGAUAUAAUUUCCAAGCGAUAGAGAAUAGAGAAAGUAAUACACCGAGAGAGAGAGAGAAAAAAAAGAGCUCAGAUGAUGCCCCACCGAUAGAUGAUUUUGGAGAUGAUCGUGUAUGCAUGGUACUAAUAAUAUUUUCUUCCCCAAAAAGGCUUCCCAGGAUAUGUGUGUGCGAAUGACGACAUGAGAACGAAAUGACAAGAACGAUGAUCAUGAGACGUGAGUUGAUUUGAUGUGAAAGCAUGAAAGCAAAACACAAAACUGUGCCACACAUAACAGCGAUCGUGAUGAUCUCGACAGAUUCUCGAUGGUAUGAGAACAUAAUGGAAAA